GCUGAGCAGCUGACAUUUAAAACACAAGAAGAAGACCACGGCCAUACCGGAAGAAUCGAGGAAAACUAAUAGAAAAUUAGCGUUUGAACAUAAACUCCCUCUGAAAUGAUGCUCAAAAGUUAAAUUGACGUGCGAUAUUUUUUAAAAAAAACAGGUGAAUUGCUGACAGGGGCAGGAUGAAGGUCAAGAUCAAGAAAUGGAACGGAGUGGCGUCGUGGUUGUGGGUAGCCAAUGAUGAGAACUGUGGGAUCUGCAGGUUGGCUUUCAAUGGUUGCUGCCCGGACUGUAAGGUGCCUGGUGAUGACUGCCCGCUGGUCUGGGGUCAGUGUUCCCAUUGUUUCCAUAUGCACUGCAUCUUGAAGUGGCUCAACUCCCAGCAGGUCCAGCAGCAGCAGUGCCCCAUGUGUCGACAAGAGUGGAAGUUUAAAGAAUGAGCACAAUGUGGAAACUAGGGCAGAAGUUUUGGUCUUGCUUGUAAAUGUUUUUUUUUACUUGUACAGUGCGUCUAAACUUAAAAUUAUCUGGUCACAAUGUUUAAUAAUAAAAGGUCUUACUGAU